AAUCCUCUCCUCUUUCAUCGUUGCGCGGGACUCCUCUUCUUGAUUGAAGAGCCUCAUACUUCUAUCCCCUCCACUCAACACCAAAGCAGCGCAAAUAUGCCUGGCGGAGGAGUUGUCCCCGUCACCGGCACGUCCAAUGUGGACCGUGUCGAGGCUCCCGUCACGCUCCGAGCCUACUUCAUUAUUGCCUUCGCAGCGUUCGGUGGUAUAUUCUUCGGAUAUGAUACAGGAUGGAUGGGUGGUGUGCUGAACAUGCAAUACUUCAUCCAUAUGAUCAGCGGACAAGAAUACCCCGAUGUCAAAUACCCCGGCCUUAGCUCUUCCGACCCGACCAUCGUCGCGUACAGGAACGAACACUUCAGUAUCUCCUCUGGAAACCAGUCCCUAAUGACCUCUAUUCUGUCGGCUGGUACUUUCUUUGGUGCCAUCAUUUCGGGUGAUCUUGCCGACUUCAUCGGCCGUCGUUUCACCAUCAUCAUUGGAUGCGGAAUCUUCACCAUCGGCGGCAUUGUCGAGACUGCCUCAACCAGUGUUGGUGUCAUGACUGCCGGUCGUAUAAUUGCUGGUUUCGGUGUCGGUUUCAUCUCCGCCAUUGUCAUUCUAUACAUGUCCGAGAUCGCGCCCAAGAAGAUCCGUGGAGCUAUCGUUGCUGGUUACCAAUUCUGCAUCACCAUCGGUAUCUUGCUUGCCAACUGCGUCGUUUACGCCACCCAGAACCGUCGCGAUUCUGGUUCCUACCGUAUCCCAAUCGCCAUCCAGUUCCUCUGGGCUAUCAUCCUCGCUACCGGUCUGUUCAUCCUUCCUGAGUCUCCUCGUUUCUGGGUCAAGAAGGGCCAACUCGACAAGGCUGCUCACGCUCUUGGUCGUGUUCGUGGCCAGCCCCUUGACUCCGAGUACAUCCAAGAUGAGCUUGCCGAGAUCAUUGCCAACCACGAGUACGAGAUGUCUAUCCUUCCUCAGACCAGCUACAUUGGCUCCUGGUUGGCUUGCUUCGAGGGUAAGCUCAGCAGCCCUUCUUCCAACUGCCGCCGCACCACUAUCGGUAUCUUCAUGCAGAUGAUGCAGCAGCUCACUGGUAUCAACUUCAUCUUCUACUUCGGAGCUGUCUUUUUCCAGCAGCUCGGCUCGAUCAGCGACCCCUUCUUGAUCUCGCUCGUCACCACUCUCGUCAACGUGUGCUGCACUCCCGCUUCGUUCUACCUGGUCGAGAGGGUUGGUCGUCGUAACCUGUUGAUCUUUGGUGCCCUCGGCAUGGUCAUCAUGCAGUUCAUCGUUGGUAUCAUUGGUGCCACCGCCGGCAAGCCUUCGCACCACAACGGCUCUGCCACCUCAGCUAUGAUUGCCUUUAUCUGCUUGAACAUCGCUGUCUUUGCUACUACCUGGGGUCCUGUCGCCUGGAUCGUCAUCGGCGAAAUUUUCCCCCUCACCAUCCGAUCACGUGGUGUUGGUCUGAGUACCGCAUCCAAUUGGUUCUGGAAUUGUAUAAUUGGUGUCAUUACGCCGUACCUGGUCGCUGAUCGGUCGGAUUCCGCAAGGCUUGGCUCUAACGUUUUCUUUAUGUGGGGCGGCCUCUGCUGCGUCUCCUUCUUGUUCGCCUACUUUUUCGUUCCUGAGACCAAGGGUCUUACUCUCGAGCAGGUCGACAAGAUGCUCGAGGAGACUACUCCUCGUACAUCCCGCGGAUGGAAGCCUCACAGCACCUUCGCUUCUGAUAUGCACCUUGGAGAGAAGCACAUUGAGAUUCCUCUUGAGAAUGUUAGCCACAAGACCCAGGCUGUUUAAGUCAAUGAUGGUGUACGGCCGAACAUGAGCCAUGUGGGAUGAUGAUAUGGUAUGUGAAAAAGGUGGUGUGUGUGUAAUGUCGACUCAUGAUUCUACAUUAUGGGUGGUGGAGUGGUUGUUUUAAUUCAAUUCUAUACCCUCAGAGUCAGGUCUGCCUACUCUUCUUCAUACAUGGUUAUCUUGGUGAUUUUUGGUCUUUAGUUCUUUCUUCGAUUACCUACCUUGUCGAAAUCACGUAUGAACUUAAUUGUAGCGUCAGCUACAAACCAUUUUCCAUUUCUCGUAGCGGUUGAGGUGGUUGGAGGCGGAGGUUGUGAUAGGCGGAGCCGUGCGUGGGAAUCACGUGAUGCACAUGUCGGGAAGCAACAACU